AUGCCCAAGAAGGAGGCCUCGGCCCUCAAGGGCGGCAUCGGGCUCGACGAAGAUCCCUUCCUCAAGAGCACCUGUGUUUACUCCAUCAGCUCGUGCAUGAUCUUGAUCUUGGUGUUCUUCGUGGCGCUUCCCGGUGCACUGAUGCCCUACCUGACCCGGGUUCGGUUUAUCAGAGAAGUGCCCAAAAAGGAAGACGUCCAGCUGGAUAGCAGAGGUCCCGAACCCCUCCUGAUCUGCCAGUUGGACCCGCACAGCUUUUCGAGGCCUCCGCCGUGGACGUACGCCCAGAGGUACAUCCCUAUUCACCUGUGCUCGCACAUUGUGCUCCCGCUUGUAGGUCUACCAGACUUCUUCAGCGACAUGCAGAACUAUGACAGCCUGAGCUUGGCCAACCCUCCGUUUCACCUUGCCGAUCUGACUCCCCUCGUCAAGUCUAAGCCGCACCUCAGGCUUAUCGCAGGGCUGGGGAGUUUUCAAGAUGCCAGCGGGCUCCUGCAACACCUUGCCUUGAGCCAAGAAAGAAGCAUGGCGUUCUCACGGAACUUACUCCGUUGGACUCUCGUGAACCACCUAGACGGACUCAUGGUGACCGGUCUUUUUCCAGUAUCAGACAGCCGCUUACGCAACUGCGCCGUACGCUUGCUCAAGAAAAUGGCGACUCUCUUCCGCCACAGGGAGUUCAUGCUCGUGUUGCCCCCCGAGUCUUCCUUAUUAAGCAGGCCUAAAGCGGGCAAGAGGCUUGCGCAGCUGGUUGACAAGAUCGUGCUGCCACCACAGUGGCUUGGACUCAGCCGUGCGCUGGAGAAAAUUCUCUCCAGCGGCUUUCCUCCUUCUCAGCUUGUUGGGGCAAUCCGCUUCGAAGGUAUCCCAUACACGCUAAACCACAGGGAUAGUUACACUGGCACCGUGCCAGGUAACGAGAACACGUUCGCGUACCACGAGUUGUGCGUCAAGCGAGGAUGGAAGCGCCACAGGGAUGGAGACAUCACUUUCUUGCACCGCGGCCGCUCAUGGUACAUAUACGAAGACGAGCACUCUCUGGCAGCGCAAACAGCAAAAUUCAUGGAGAAAGGACUUGCGGGCAUCCUCGUGUGGGACGUCAGUGCCGACGACUUCCUAGGAUUCUGCGGCCGCAAGAACAUCCUGCUGGAAACAGUACGCAAUGCUUCUUUAACGAUGGGUGCACCGUUAUUGAAUUUGACGUCGGAAGCAUUGAAUAAGGAUCCCAUGAAUGCCUCUUCAGUUGCUGAAUUAAACAUGUCUAUUUUAUGA